AAAAAUAAACUGUAAUAAGAAAAUAAAAACUUGACAGGAACCAUGUAAGCCAUGCACCGACGUUCCGAAACUCAGUUAUUCGCAUGACUUGGCUGUGUCUCAUGAGUUGGUGAAGUGGUUCAAAGUUUCCGAGUUGUCGAUCUCAAGUAAAGGUCUCCAAACGACUUUGACUUUUAGUGUUGUCAAUUUCUCUGUACAUAUACUCUUGCUUUACAAGAUCGGUCCUUAGUUUGGUGACAAAAUGUACCAACGAUCCGUGCUGAUAACCCUGCCGAAGGCGCCGUCAAUAGACAUAGAAUUCAACUCCUUGACAUACCAUGCUCAGUGUGGAUUUCGCACUCCGAAAAAGGCAAUACUCAAGGGACUAUCGGGUCAGUUUAAAUCUGGGGAAUUGACGGCUAUAAUGGGUCCGUCCGGGGCAGGGAAAUCAACGUUGCUAAACAUCCUGACCGGAUUCAAGAAGAAGAACGUCUCCGGCAGGAUUAGCUACAUCGGCUCGGAUGGCAAGCAGGAAUGGAACGCUUAUAAGAAAGACUCGUGCUACAUCCAACAGGACGAUCAACUGCUCCCACUGUUCACGGUAAACGAGGCGAUGCAAAUAGCCGCCGAUCUCAAGCUGGGUGCAUCCCUUAACAAGAAGGCGAAGCAGAUGCUGAUAGACGACGUUCUGGACUCCCUUGACCUAUCCAAAACCAAGGAAACUCGCUGCAACCGGCUGAGCGGGGGCCAGAAAAAGAGACUGAGCAUCGCCCUCGAGCUUCUGGACAAUCCGCCGGUCAUGUUUUUGGACGAACCAACGACCGGUCUGGACUCUUCGUCCUCCCUCCAGGUUGUCUCAAUGCUGAAAUCCCUCGCCAAGGCCGGCAGAACAAUAGUAUGCACCAUCCAUCAGCCCAAUGCUACGAUAUACGAAAUGUUCGACCACAUUUACCUUGUUGCCGAGGGUAACUGCGUGUAUCAGGGUGCAGCCAACAACACGGUGGAGUACCUGAACAACGUGGGACUGAACUGUCCCAAGUACCACAAUCCCGCUGACUAUAUAAUAGAGGUGAUCAACAAGGAGUACGGAAACUUUAACGAGCAGCUCGCCAUCGCAUCCCGCGAGAGAAACUGGAGGGCACCACCAGUGGUAAAAAACAUCAACCUUCAAGAGAUGGACAGGCAACACAACGAGGAAGGAAAAGCAAAGGUCCUGAUCAACCCUCCGUCGGAGCUGAGCAAAUUUUGGACGCUGCUGAACCGCAACUUGGUCCAGCUGUACCGUGACUGGACCGUUACCCACCUCAAACUGAUCCUUAACUUUUGCGUCGGCGUGCUGCUCGGGUUGCUCUAUCUCAACGCCGGGGAAGAUGGCUCCAAAACCAUCAGCAAUGUCGGGUACAUGCUUGUAUCAGCCGUCUACUUGUGCUAUACCAGCAUGAUGCCCGCGGUUCUUCGCUUCCCGUCCGAGCUCCCCGUGCUCAAGAAGGAGCAGUUCAACAACUGGUAUCACCUUAAAACCUACUACGCAGCGUUUCUCGUCGCCAAUCUGCCCAUCCAGACUCUCUAUGCCGUCGUCUACUGCUCCAUUUCCUACUUCCUCAGUAGUCAACCGCUGGAUUGGAAUAGAUUCCUGAUGUUCCUCGCCAUCGCUAUACUAACCACUCUGACAGCGGAGAGCAUCGGUCUUGUCUUGGGAACAACUGUGAACCCGAUCAACGGUACAUUCCUAGGCGCCAUUUCUACCGCUGUUAUGCUGAUAUUUGCUGGAUUUUUUGUACUGUUCAAUCACAUGCCAACUUUCCUCUAUUACGUUAGUUACUUCAGCUACCUUCGCUACUCGCUUGAAGGACUCGUUCAGGCAGUCUACGGUUUUAACAGAGGAGAUUUGAACUGUCCAGAAGAGGCAAUUUAUUGUCAUUAUCGCGUACCCAAAAUCGUACUCAAGGAGUUAGCCAUGACAGACAGCAAGUAUUGGGUAGAUAUUGUUUUGCUCUCGGCGCAUUUUGUCGUUUUAAGAAUCGUCGCGUAUUGUACAUUGAGAAGAAAAUUAGCUAUUUCUUAAGCAAA